UUUCCCCGCAAACCACGACGUAAGAUUCUUUUUUUCUUACGAUGUCAGUUUCUCUCUCGAACCCAACCCACCUCCCCAGAAAAAAGUCCCCCAAAUCAAAACCAGAAAUCGUGCGUGCGUGCAGUUCCGGAGGCAUUGCGGCCGGCACCCGGCAGUGAACGGCGAGCUGCUAGCCUGCUGCUGCAUUCCGAAUUGGGGAGAGCCUAGGAGGCGACGGUGGCGGCUUCUGGAGAAGGAAUAGUCGGCGGCGGCUGAUAGGAGCGGCGCGCGAGAGCAGACGCGUGGUGGCAGCUGGCUAUUGCGGCGGGCCGGCUCGAGCCUAGGCGGCGCCCACGGUGUGCCCGUCUACGGCGAGGAGCCCCGACAUCCACCGGCGUCGGCAGCUCUCUCUCUCUCUCUCUCUCUCUCUCUCUCUCUCUCUCUUUCUCAGGCGAAGAGCUUCCCGGCGGUUUCCUGUCCUUCGGCGAAUCAGUGGUGAGAAACACCCAUACGUGAAGCUGCACGCCCGCCGGUCCUCAUCCGCCGCCUCACCUGGUGUUCCACGAGCUGCACGACCGCCUGCCCUGAAGUAGCCAUCUUGUGUUGGUACUGAAUCUGGUCAACUGAAAUUGCACGGGCGUACUGCUCUGGCUGCCACAACGCUAGCACAUGGCCGUGAAAUCUAGUGCCUUGCAAUUUAUCUUCUCAGGUUGCAGUUCAGAAGCAGGAACGCAAGAGAGGCAAUCUUUUCCUGUUUGCAAGACGAGCUGCAUAUAUGAACUGCAAAUUUUCGACAAACUGGAAUAAGAAAAGAGGCCAUCGUUUGCUCUUCAUGUUUGCUUUGGCUCCAUCAGAAUCAGAUACGAAAACAGAAUAAAUACGAGACCCAUGGCGCCGCCGACGGCGAGGCUGCUCCUCCGAACACCCCGCCUCUCCCUCUCCACCGCCGCAGCAUCGCUCUUCUCGCCGCCCUCCAAGGCCGUCCUCUACGACCAACACGGCCCUCCCGACCAAGUCCUAAGGGUGGCGGACGCGCCGCCGGUGGAGCUCGGGGAGCGCGACGUGUGCGUCAAGAUGCUGGCGGCGCCCAUCAACCCCUCCGACAUCAACCGCGUCCAGGGCGUCUACCCGGUCCGGCCUCCCGUCCCGCCCGCCGCCGUCGCCGGCUACGAGGGCGUCGCCCAGGUCCAUGCCCUCGGCCCCGCCGUCACCCGGCCCCUCUCCCCCGGCGACUGGGUCAUCCCUUCCCCGCCCUCCUUCGGAACAUGGCAGACCUACAUUGUCAAGCCGGAGCAUGUGUGGCACAAGGUCCGCGACGACGUGCCCGUCGAGUACGCCGCCACUGUCACCGUCAACCCCUUGACGGCGCUCCGGAUGCUGCAGGACUUUGUGAAACUCAGUCCUGGCGAUGCUGUUGUCCAGAACGGCGCCACCAGCAUCGUCGGCCAGUGUGUUAUUCAGCUCGCCAAAGUGCAGGGGAUUCGCACCAUCAACAUCAUAAGGGACAGGCCUGGGUCAGAAGAAGCAAAAGAGAAACUCAAACAGCUUGGUGCAGAUGAGGUUUUCACAGAAGGUCAGCUGGAUGUUAAGAAUGUCAAGAGCUUGCUGGGUGUUCUACCAGAACCUGCACUGGGAUUAAACUGUGUAGGAGGAAAUGCUGCAGCUUUGAUACUGAAGUUAUUAAGGCAAGGAGGCACCAUGGUGACAUAUGGCGGAAUGUCCAAGAGACCUGUGACUGUUUCUACUUCGUCGUUUAUUUUCAAGGAUCUUUCUCUGAGAGGAUUCUGGCUACAGAAGUGGAUGAGUUCAGACAAGGCGGACGAUUGCAGAAGGCUGAUAGACUACCUGCUGGGACUGGUGCAGGAAGGGAAACUUAAAUACGAGAUGGAGUUGAGUCCCUUUGACGACUUUGGACUGGCUCUUGACAAGGCCCUGGGCAAACAUGGGAGCCAACUGAAGCAGGUCCUGAGGUUCUGAUGGUGAGAGCUGGAAGGAGUGUGUAGAUUGAACAAGGGUGUGAAAUUUUUGUACGUUAGCGACUCAGUGUUGAAGUUGUGUGGCUGUGUCUGUGUGGUUAGUGGAUGUGAGAGAGUCUUGUUUCCAGUGGUUGGUUAUGUGGCAAUUAUGUGUGGUAAGACGCAAAAUGUGAUGAGUAUUCUGAAGGCGGUUCCUUUUUUUUGCGA